AAAUCAAUCAGUCGAUAAUCUCACAUCCAACACUCCACUUGACCCGCCCAGAGUAAAACCACCGUCUUUCCGAGACCCAUAGCCCCCGCUCGCUUCUCUUAAACCGCCUCCGCCUCCCUUUCAUCACUGUCACCACCGCCAUUCACGACAUCUACACUGUUGGCCUGUUCAAUCCCACCAUCAAUUUCUCUGAUCGCACAUGGGCGAGCAAACCCAACACCAACACCAACACCAACACCAACCAGCCCAGCCUCAACCCCAACCCCAAUUCCAGGUCCAAGCACAGCGGCAGCCACAGCCACAGCCACAGCCACAGCCGCAGCCUUACCAUGACCCUAUUCCUUCCUCAACCCCGACCUCUGAAUUAAUCAGUAUUCCUCAUCAGACCGUCUCUCCAGCCAAAAUUCCCCCUUCCCGGCCUCGCAAAGUCCGUAAACUCUCCCCCGAAGAUGCCGCAACCACCUCUAACGACCCCAAUUCCUCGCACAUAACAAAUACCGCCGCCGACCCCCCUCAAACGACAGCGAAAUCUGCCAAAAUAAAAAAUACCCAACAGCGAGCACUUGUUGUUGUACCGCAGCGCAUCAUUGCGAGAUCGUUGUCCUGUGAAGGCGAGGUAGAGAACGCGAUUCGCCAUCUGCGCGACUCCGAUCCACUUCUCGCCUCUUUAAUCGACCUCCACCCUCCCCCUACCUUUGAUACUUUCCACACUCCAUUUCUUGCCUUGACUCGAAGCAUUAUCUACCAGCAGCUCGCAUUUAAAGCUGGUACUUCAAUCUACACUCGCUUUAUUGCUCUGUGCGGGGGAGAGGCCGGUGUCCUUCCGGACACAGUUCUUGCUUUGACACAACAGCAGCUGCGCCAAAUUGGGGUUUCGGGGCGUAAAGCUAGUUAUCUUCAUGAUCUUGCCAGAAAGUAUCACAAUGGGAUAUUGUCAGAUUCAGCAAUUGUAAAUAUGGAUGAUAAGUCCCUUUUCACAAUGCUUACUAUGGUUAAUGGGAUUGGUUCUUGGUCAGUGCACAUGUUUAUGAUUUUUUCGCUGCAUAGACCGGAUGUGUUGCCCAUUAACGAUCUUGGGGUUCGCAAAGGAGUGCAGCUGCUGUACAAUUUGGAAGAGUUGCCCCGUCCGUCGCAAAUGGAUCAUUUGUGCGAGAAAUGGAGGCCAUACAGAUCAGUGGCGUCUUGGUAUCUUUGGAGAUUUGUGGAGGCGAAAGGAUCACCUUCAAGUGCUGUGGCAGUGGCAACUGGUGCUAGUAUGGCACAGCAACAACAGGAGGAGGAGCAGCACCAGCAACAACCACAACUUCUCGACCCAAUCAAUAGCAUUCUCAACCUCGGAGCCUGUGCUUGGGGACAGUGAUUGGGACUUGGGAUGAGUUAGUUGAUAACCUCUAUCAAGCAAUCGGAUUGAGAAAUAUUUACAGAGCAGUGCAAAGAUGUUACUUGUUACUUAUGGUAGGUUGGAUAUUCGAAUAGUUAAGAGGUGUAUUUUGUCUAGUAAACAUGCUUGGAAAUUAAAUAAGACUAUCAAAUGUUGAAGUUCUAGUCCUUGUUAAGAGACCUGUUUUGUUAUCGAACUCUUGCAAGACAUUAUAGAGAUGAAAGAGCUUCACUGUUUUUGCCUUCA